GGCCAGAGUUUAAACGCUGAUAACGUGCCCUAGGCAUUGCCUGGCGCCAUUCCGUCCAUCUCUACUCCCGCGCAAAGCAAAACACACCAUCGCCAUAGAAGCCAAAGAGAUCCGUUCUCGAGAGUGUGAAAAUGGCCGAAGUGAUUUCGCCGAUGGACAUAGAUGAAGCCAAUCCGUCUCAAGGACCCAACGGGAACAAGGGCAAAGCUGUAGUCGCUUCCGGCGGCGCCCCACCAGCCCACAGCAAAGCCACUCCAUGGGUCGAGAAGUUCAGGCCUCAAUCUCUCGCCGACGUCGCCGCUCAUCGUGACAUAAUCGAUACCAUUGAUAGGCUUACGAGUGAGAACAAAAUGCCUCAUUUGUUACUGUAUGGACCACCGGGCACCGGCAAGACAUCGACGAUUCUUGCCGUAGCUAGAAAACUUUUCGGGGCGCAGAUGCACAAUAUGGUUUUGGAGCUCAACGCUUCAGAUGAACGUGGAAUUGAUGUGGUGAGGCAGCAGAUACAGGAUUUUGCCAGCACUCAGAGCUUCUCCUUUGGUGCAAAAGCCUCGGUGAAGCUGGUUCUUCUGGAUGAGGCGGAUGCAAUGACAAAAGAUGCUCAAUUUGCUCUUCGAAGAGUGAUUGAAAGAUACACAAAAAACACCAGGUUUGCUCUUAUCUGUAAUAAUGUCAACAAGAUCAUUCCAGCACUGCAAUCAAGAUGCACAAGAUUUCGAUUUGCUCCUCUGGAGUCUGUCCAUGUCACAGAGCGACUUAAACAUGUUAUUACCUCUGAAGGGCUUGAUGUGACUGGAGAUGGUUUAGCAGCUCUUGUACGUCUUAGCAAUGGUGAUAUGAGGAAGGCUUUGAACAUUUUGCAGUCAACACAUAUGGCUUCUCAGCAGAUAACUGAAGAAGCUGUAUACCUCUGCACAGGCAAUCCGUUGCCCAAAGACAUUGAACAGAUAUCUUACUGGCUUCUAAAUGAAUCAUUUUCAUUUAGCUUACAAAAAAUAUCUGAUAUCAAGGCAACAAAAGGAUUGGCUUUAGUGGACAUUGUAAGAGAAGUAACCAUGUUUGUUUUUAAAAUCAAGAUGCCUUCAGAUGUUAGAGUGCAGCUCAUCAAUGACUUGGCUGAUAUUGAGUACAGGUUAACUUUCGGGUGCAAUGACAAAUUGCAACUGGGAUCAGUAAUUUCUACUUUUACCCGUGCCAGAUCUGCACUUGUUGCUGCAGCAAAGUAGCCAAAAUGAUCAAACAAAUGUAUCAUCAUCUUUUAAGAAAUUAGUAUGAUGGUGUCACCAUGUAAUUGGCAUUGAAACUUGUAUGAUCUUGUUAACCUGUAGGGAUUCAGACCUUUUCACCA